AUGAUCCAACCUUGGAUUGUUGCUCAUGUCGAUCUUUCAGCGGGUAAUAGAGGUGGAGUUAGGAUUUUUCCACAAGUGGUAGUGGUUAUGGUUUUCAGGUUUUUCCGGCCGGUUGAUAUGGUGGUGGUGAGAGGAGAUAGAGAGAUAGAAAAGAACAAUAUCUUAAAGAGGUCAUGGGCGUUUAAUUCGUUGAAAUCGGUUCAAAUUGCUUACCAAUUUAUUGCUAUGGGAGAGGAAGUCAGAAUUACCGACUUCGAUGUCAGCGGUGGAGAUGACGACGACCUAGUUUCGGAGUGGGAGGCUGGGUUGCCGAACGUCGACGACUUGCCGUCGUUAUCACAGUUGCUGAUAUCGGCGGAGAUGGCAUCGGCUUUCAGCAUCACACCGGGGCCUCACCGGAGUAUGAUUGACGUUGACCGCGCUUCUCGUAACACAAUUUCAAGUCUCCAAGGGCAAUCGCAACAAAAUCAGGUGAAUAAACUUACUGAUUUUAAGUCGUUUAGUGAUGAUAGAGAGGAAGAAAUGGUUGUGGAAGGCGAGGAGACCGUCGAUCUGACUCCAGAUGGUUCCGAUUCGAGGAAACUACGGAGAGUUGAUAGCGGCGGCGCUAGUGGUGGAGCUGGAGAGGAAGCUGACUCCGCUUUGCGAGCCGAUGAUUCUUCCAUAAAGUCGUUGAAAAGGAUUCGUUUGGUUUGGACUCCUCAACUGCACAAGCGAUUUGUGGAGGUUGUUGCGCAUUUAGGCGUGAAGAACGCUGUUCCUAAAACGAUUAUGCAGAUGAUGAACGUUGAAGGAUUGACCAGAGAGAACGUCGCCAGUCAUUUACAGAAGUAUAGGCUUUAUGUAAAACGGAUGCACGGAUCAUCUAACGAAGGGCCAUCUUCUUCCGAUCCUUUGUUCGCUUCCGCUACUGUUCCCAAUAGUUUUCACGAUUCCGGUGGCAAUGGCGGCGUUGGAAAUAGAAAUGGUCGCUCUCAUGUUCACAUUCCAAUGCCAUACCCACCGCAGAUGGUGCCUUUGCCCUACCCACCGCCGCAGAUGGUGUCUAAUCGGUCAGGUGGCGGCGGCAGUGCAUAUCAUCAAGGUUUCGACCCUCAUUCACAUCCGUAUAAUAUGAUGAUGCAACCAAGAGACUGGUCUGGAAACAAUUUUGGUUCAGUUUCACCAUUUCACCAAACAAAUAGAGGUGGAAGACAUGCAAAAUCUUUUGAAGAGGAAGAGAUGGUGUAAAUGUGAUUUGGGGGUUAAGUCAUGAACAUAAUUUAAACUCUCCUGUUGCAUUGAAGAAGAAGAAGAAGAAGACAGUUGCUGCCACAUGAUUGCCAAGGACUGUUUGGUAAUUUCCUUAGUCCUAACCCAAUAUCUACUCAAUUGCCCUCGUGAUGUGUUCUGUGAUUUCCUCUCAUUGGACGGGUGUGGCCAGGGACCAUAAGUCUACAAUUUAUCUUGUUAUUAUAAAUAUAAACUCAAUAACUAUGAGACUUGUUGUCAUUGUAAUUGUAAUUUUUGGUAGAUUGAGUUAUAUGGUUAUAAACGUUGAUUAUUCCAUUAGUAGUUGUUCCCUAUGGGUUUUUUUUUUUUUCUCUAAGAGAGGAAAGAAACCUU